AUGCAACAUUCUGCAACUCGGCUUGUCGGCAAUUCGAUCUUGGAAUGCUUGCAGGGUGGUUCCUACCCGCUUGUCUACGGAACAGACCUGGGCACAGACGCAACCAGAAGAAGCUCAUCGACGGACGACUUUGGGGAUGCCUCCCCUGACUCGGCACCGCCUCCGUGGACAGUACCCUUCCCUGGCAAGGAGUUCGUCCCUGGAAAGAUGGAGCUUCACAACAUGGACAUUCUUCGGGCGAUGGAGGACAUGCAGUCUACCCCAAAUCUGCAGGACACACAGGGUUUCUUCCAACGGAAGCAGGCCGUGCCACAAAAUGUCCACGACACAGGCUAUGUUAGCAACGACAUGGCGCAAAAAUGGCUUCAGAAAGAGGUUGCGGAGUUGGCGCACCUUAUGGCGCAGCGAGAAUCUGAAAUGCAGAGCCUCCAUCAGCAGCUUGCGCUGCUUUCCAUGGUGCAAGCUCCCCUUCCGAAAUCCGAUGUUAAUCAGGGCCUGGAAAACCAAAUCCACCUACUACGAAGCCAGUUGGACCAGAUCACUGACAUGAUGAGGCGAACUCAGCUAGGGGCAACGGGUGCCUCUCCACAGGGCAAUGCUGCUGCGAAGGAGGAUGACAUUCUGACCGUCAUGAUGCGCAACAUUCCAAAUAAGUACACGCAAAAGAUGCUGAUUGAUGAGGUGAAUGAAGUUGGCUUUAACGGUACCUGGGACUUCGUGUAUUUGCCCAUUGACAGGGAGUCCGGUGCCAACAAGGGCUAUGCUUUCAUCAACUUCCUCCGUCCAGACUACGCAUACGCCUUCAAGCGUGCUUUCAAUGGGAAGCAGAUGGCUCUUUUCAAGUCGAACAAGAUUGUGAAUGUGACCCCUGCCGCCAUCCAAGGCUUUGAGGCAAACUUUGAGCAUUUCUCUCGAACCCGAGUGAACUUCGGGGAUCCUGAUGCAAGGCCGCUGUUUCUGCGAAAGGUGCAGAAGGUGCAGAAAUUGCCUCAACGCGCGUCCGCCCAGCUCAGGCUUCAGCCCACGCCUGGCGAGGACUUUUCUUCGCAAUUCGUUUUUCCAGGUUCCUGCCCACCUUCAGACUUGUCACCAGAGGCCGGCACUGGAUUCUGCACUUUCUGUGGUGCAAGGCGCUCUCCAGUGCACCAAUUCUGCCAGGGCUGUGGCAGGACAUCGUCAGCCAUGCAGUGA